UAAAACUGAUUACAGGUGUAAGAAAAAGGAGAAAAUGUUUCACAGUUAUUUUCUUUUUUUUUUCAAUUUGAUCUCGUUUUAAAUCUUGUAUGUCAUUUAAUUUCAUUAAUGCUUGUUUCCAAUUGCGUUUGUUCGGAAUAAGUUAUUUUUCCGCAAACUUGAACAGUAUGAUGUCGAUAACAAUGUAAUAUUCUUCGGUUGUCUGUAUUCACGUGUGAUGUAUAUACCAAUUAAACUGUUAUAAAGUUAUGAGCCAACCAUUGUCAUAAUUAUUACCUUUCAAAUGUUGAAAGUCAUACAGAUGGGCAUACAAGCUUUUAUGGUUUUAGCCUCAAAGGUGUGGGCUUGCAUAUGUUUUCUUAUAAAACGACAGAUUAAAACCGUUCGUCAAUAUCAACCUGUUAAAUAUGGUGUAUUUCCACUAUUACCAUUAUCCAGGCAUAGAUUAAGUAUGGUAAAGCGGAAAGUUUUGGUGCUAGAUUUAGAUGAGACAUUAAUCCAUUCACACCAUGAAGGUGUUCUACGUCAUCCGUCCAAACCAGAAAUGCCACCAGAUUUCAUUUUAAAAGUUACCAUUGAACGACAUCCUGUAAGAUUUUAUGUUCAUAAAAGGCCACAUGUUGAUUUUUUUUUAGAUGUUGUUUCAAAAUGGUAUGAACUAGUAGUCUUUACAGCUAGUAUGCAAAUUUAUGGUGCUGCAGUUGCUGAUAAAUUAGACAAUCGAAGAGGGAUAUUAAAAAGACGAUUUUACAGGCAACACUGUACACCUGAAAUGGGUUCUUACACUAAAGAUUUGACAUCAGUUUCAAAUGAUCUAUCAAGUGUUUUUAUCCUUGAUAAUUCACCAGCAGCUUAUCGAGCAUUUUCUGAUAAUGCAAUACCAAUAAAAUCUUGGUAUUCAGAUACUUCAGAUACUGCAUUGUUAAAUCUCUUACCAAUGUUGGAUGCGCUACGAUUUACUGAUGAUGUACGUAGUGUUUUAAGUAGAAAUUUACACAAUCAUAAUUUAUGGCAAUGAUCUGUUCAAGAAAAAAGUGUUUUGGGUUUCUUAUAAAACAAUAUUUUUGAUAUAUUACCAUAAAAAAAUGAGAAUAUACUAACAAUACUGACUUAUAGCGAAAAUAUUUAAUUUAUACAAGUAUAAAACAUAAUAAAUGGAAAGGGUAUACCUUAAUUUUUUCAAACAGCAAUACA